AUGGUGAGGGGCGCGGCGGUCGCCGCAUCAGCAGCGGAGGGUGGCGAUGCAUCCCGCCCGCAACGCUACAGCAUCGUCGCGCCCACCUACAACGAGGCUGAGAACGUGCCGCUGCUGGUGGCGUUAGUCCAUGAGGUGUGUAGUGCUGCAGGACUAGACUACGAAAUCGUCAUUGUGGACGACGCCAGCCCUGACGGCACAGCUGAUGUGAGGAUGAUGAUGGGGAGCCGCUGGGAGGUCGUGCGGGCGCUGCAGGCCGCCUAUGGGCCCGACCGCUUGCUGCUGGCGCCGCGCUCCCGCAAGCUGGGCCUGGGCAGCGCCUACGCCCAUGGCCUGCGGCGCGCCAGUGGCGGCUGGGUCAUCCUCAUGGACGCUGACCUGUCGCACCACCCCAAGUACAUCCCUGCCAUGGUGGCACGCCAGGCUGAGACCGGCGCUGACGUUGUGUAUGGCAGCCGCUACCUGCCAGGCGGCGGCGUCGCGGGCUGGGACGCGGCCCGCAAGCUCACGAGUCGCGGCGCGAACGUGCUGGCGCGCACGCUCCUGGGUUUGGCGGCCAGCGACCUGACGGGGGCGUACCGCCUGUACCGGCGGGACAUGCUGGCGGCGCUGCUGCCGCAGUGUGCCUGCACUGGCUACGCGUUCCAAAUGGAGAUGAUGGCGAGGGCGGCCGCAUCAGGCGCACGCAUGGCCGAGGUGCCCAUUGUGUUCGUCGACCGCCUGUAUGGCACCAGCAAGCUCGGGGCGCACGAGUUUGCGCAGUUUUUGGUGGGCCUCGUGCGGCUGCUGCUGCAGCUGUGA